AUGGCUAACAAUCCGGCAGAUAAGCAAAGCGUGCCUUCUCAUUCGAAUGCGGAGCAAAAUCCUUAUUCAGGGACUAACAUGAACUGCAUGCCUGUUCGACCACAGCCAUUCACCUCACCUCCGCAUACAUUCUCACCAUUCCCACCAUGGGAUGGUAAUUAUGGUGGGAUGACACAGCCGCCAAUGUCAUACAUGAGCAUGUUAGGCAGUCCACAUGGUUUGAUGUUUCCCACAGUCAGUUCUCAAAGUAGUGAACCUAAUCAAUUUUCACCGAACACUGGUGAUUCAGGUGGAAAGGAUGUUCAUGACGUUGAGGGUGCGGAGUUGAACUCAAGAGGCGUGGCUAAUAAGUUUUGGCUUCCAGAGCACGAUGAUGUGCUUAUUCCUUAUCUUGCAGAUUUAGCAUUGGAUGGCAUGAAGCCAGACAAGAACUUCAAGGCUGAAGCUUAUAAAAUGGCUGCCAUGAAAAUCAACAUGCAAUUCAGGACUGAUUUCACUCACCUGCAUGUCAUUAACCACUUGAAAUGUUUGCGGAACAAAUUCAAUGACAUGAAAGCUUGCCUUGAUAUAAGUGGUGCUGGGUGGGAUGAAACAAGUAAAAUGAUUACAUUGGAUGAGGAAACCUUGAAAUCUUGGGCCCAGGACAAAUCCAAUUCUAAGUACAAAGCAUACAUAAACAAACCCCUUCCUCACUUCAAAAAUUUACAAGUUAUCAUGGGUGAUGAUCAAGCCAAGGGUGAUUUUGUUAGACCCGUGUACGCUAACAUUGGGUCUAGUAGGUCCAUACCUAUUCCCGAUGAUGAUUGCGAGAUUCUAGAGGAGAGUGAAGCUGAACCACAGUCUGAUGCUUGCAACGCACCACGUUCUGGUGCUGUUAACCAACCACAACCCACUAGAUAUAAGACUAAGAGUAAAGACAACACGACUUCAUCAUCUAGCAAAAAAACCAGAAAAUUUAAUCGUGAAGAGGAAAUGAUGUGUGCCUUUGUUGAGUCCAUGUCUCAGUCAAUGAGGAAUCAACACGUUAUACACUGGACUGAGCAGUUGGCCACAGCGUUGAAGGAACAUAGGUCUGAAUAUUCCGAGGAGUUCCUCGAUAGGGUUUUAGACCAUUUAUAUGACAAUGAACGUGAAGCUAGGAGGUUUUUCAUAAAAUCCAAGGAAGGUCAACAGAGGUACAUCACCAAAUUAGUUAACGACCAAGGUAAGUAUGGUCGUGGAAUGAUCAAUGAGUUCUUUGAAUUAUCCAAUAUUGCUUAUGAUAUCAGAGCUUGUGUAGCUUCUGUAAUGGGGAUUGCUGCUUUGUGGGAGCUGUUUUGGUUUUACUUGCCUGUUGUCUACCUCCUUGCUGCUGGAGCUUGUGUAGCUCCUGUAAUGGAGAUUGCUGCUUUGUGGGAGCUGUUUUGGUUUUACUUGCCUAAUAAUGAUGAUUACCAUGGUAGUGAGGAUGAAGACUAUGAAGGAGAAGGAUAUGAGGAAUAUGACUCAAGAAUUCGUGAGAGGGCGGGGAUUGGUUCCCCCGUUGUACCUCCAACGAUCAAGUUAGCUGAUGAACUUGAGUGUGGGAAAAUAAGAACUGUGAGAGUUCUUGUAAUUGUGCACUGUGAUUGA